GUUGCACAGCUUGGAGAAUUGACUUAGCUUCAGAAAGACGAUGCAUGGGCCAGCAAAUGGCCCCUUCUAUGCAAUCUACUAUCCUGUCCUCGCUGCUGUUGGUGUCCCAGCCAAUUCGGUGGCAAUUGUAAUCCUAUCAAGAGGCCGUUGUGGUCUUUCUCUUUGCAUCAGCUACUACCUCUUGGCAAUAGCAGUGACCGAUUUCCUUGUCAUCAUCACUGCCGUCAUCCUCAACCGGAUAGGCGGCAUCUACUUCAGGUACAGUGUCUUAUCUACGACCCCUGGUUGCACAGUCAGCAGUGUGCUGGUUUAUGCGACUCGAGAUGGCUCAGUCUGGCUAACUGUAGCCUUCACUAUUGACCGUUUUGUGGCUAUUUGCUGCCAGAGACUGAAGACCAGAUACUGCAAUGAGAAAACAGCUUUGCAGAUCAUUGUUGUUGUUUGUGCCCUGAGUUUUCUCAAGAAUGUGCCGUUCUUCUUCACCUAUCAGCCUUUGUAUAUUAUUGAAAACGUUCCCUGGUUCUGCGACAUCAUAGCCUCCUUCUAUAUCUCUCCCUUCUGGCAGACCUAUCUGUGGCUAGAUCGCAUCUUAACACCUUUUCUCCCAUUUUUCUUCAUUAUGUUGCUAAAUGCCUUGACAGUAAGGCAUAUUUUAGUGGCAAGUAGAGCUCGUAAGAGGCUGCGGGGUGACCAGAAACAUGGAGAUCCCGAGAUGGUGAACCGUAAGAAGUCUAUUGUCUUGCUGUUUGCCAUCUCAUUUAGCUUCCUCCUUCUGUGGGUCACUUAUGUUGGGCAUUUCUUCUAUGUGCAAAUUACGGGUGAGGCCUACUUUACUGGCCUGGAUUUCAACGACCCACAAUACAUUUUUCAAGAGACUACCAACAUGCUCCAGCUGCUCAGCUCCUGCACUAAUAUUUUUAUCUAUGCAGUGACUCAGACCAAGUUCCGAGAGGAAUUAAAAUAUCUAGUGAUGUAUCCCUUUAUCACAAUCAUUGGUUGCUUUCAUAGGUGAAAGAACAAUAAAACAUAUGCGUCUUUCCUUCUAAGAUGUGUUUGCCACUUCUUUAUCCAUUGUUUCUCUUCUGUCCAGCGAUUCAUUGCAUGGUAUUUUAAUUCUCACAGUCGAUUCAUUAAGCCUUGGGUAUGUGUUUCUAUCCAAAGAUGAAAUGCAUCUCA